AACGGCAAAAACCCCUCAAUUUUCGCGGCAAAUAAGAGGCCCUAAGUUCCCCCGCCAAAACCCCCUAACAGAAAAAACAGAAAUUUGAAAAAAAUAGGAAGAGACGGAUACACGCCUUUUCUCUUUUCUCCUUCUUCUCUCUCUCUCUCCCCCGUCAGAUUACAAUGCAAGCCUCUGGCCGCCUCUUCCUCAUCCUCUCCCUCUUCCUAUCUCUCUCCACCUCCUCCUUUGCCUUCUCCGAUGCCCACGCUAACCUCAUUGCCCGCCGCCAGCUCCUCAAGCUCAUCGGCAAAGGCGAUCUCCCUGACGACUAUGAUCUGCAGGUUGAAGUGAAUGAAGAAUUCAAAAAUCCCAGGCUCCGGAGAGCCUACAUCGCCCUCCAAGCAUGGAAAAAAACUAUCUUCUCCGACCCAUCUCAGGCUACUGCCAAUUGGGAAGGCCCCAAUGUCUGUUCUUACAAUGGGGUUUUCUGUUCGCCGGCUCUCGAUGUCCCAUCGUUCGAAGUCGUCUCUGGAAUCGAUCUCAACGACUGGGAUAUUGCCGGAUAUCUCCCUGUUGAAUUAGGACUCCUCACUGACAUUUCUGUCUUUCACAUCAACAGCAAUCGCUUCUGUGGCAUUAUCCCCAAAAGCUUCUCACGACUCUCUCUCCUCCAUGAGCUCGAUGUUAGCAAUAACCACUUUGUGGGCCCAUUCCCGAAAGUGGUUCUUGGGAUUCCGGUAUUGAAGUACCUCGACCUCCGUUUUAAUGAUUUUGAAGGGCCUUUGCCGGUAGAGCUCUUCGACAAGGACCUUGAUGCUCUGUUUUUGAAUGACAAUCGGUUCAGUUCCAGUAUCCCCGAAAAUAUCGGAAAUUCAACGGCAUCUGUCAUCGUUUUUGCUAAUAAUAAUUUCGGCGGCUGCAUUCCAAGUAGCAUUUUGAAAAUGACUAACACUUUGAAUGAGAUUGUGAUGAUGAAUAGCGGACUUUCAGGUUGUCUGCCAUCUGAUAUUGGGUUAUUGGGGAAUCUAACGGUAUUAAAUGUUGGAUCGAAUUCGUUGGAGGGGGUACUUCCAAAUAGCCUCUCUGAAUUGAAGUCUCUGGUGGAUUUGGACAUCUCAAAUAACAAGCUGACCGGAGUCGUGCCAGAGAGUAUCUGUCGUCUGCCAAACCUCUCCAAUUUCACAUUCUCUUAUAACUACUUCGACGGCGAGGCGAAGGACUGCGUGCCAUCGUCGAGGUCAGACGUCUUUCUCGAUGACAAGAGCAAUUGUGUGCCGGACCGUCCUGAGCAGAAGACUGCGGAGAUGUGCGCGCCGGUGGUGGGCCGCCCAGUCGACUGUGCAAAGUCCAAGUGUAGUGGUGGUGGUGGCGGCGGCGGCGGUGGCGGUGGUGGCGGUGGUGGUGGUGGAGGAGGUGGUGGUGGUGGUGGUGGUGGUGGAUUGGGUGGUCCGACAUUUAAUGACGAUGACACAUGGACAUCCAUUUCCAUGCCUCCAUCCACUUCUCCAACACCUUCGCCUAUUCCAGCUCCCACGACACCGUCGUCAACACCCUCUCCCUCUCCAAUCCCGAAAACGCCAUCGUCGUCCAUUUCCAUCUCUCCAUCCAAUUCUCCAAUGCCUUCGCCUAUUCCUCCUCUGGGGACAGAAUCGCUGUCGUCCAUUUCCACCCCUCCAUCCACAUCUUCCACGCCUUCACCUGUUCCUGCUCCAGUAACACCAUCUUCAAAUCCUUCCCCUACUCCAGCUCCAGAAAUUCCGCCAUCCACCCCAGCUCCAGUGAUUCCAUCACCUUCUCCAGUUCUUGAAACACCAUCGCCGGAGCAGGCACCUGCUCCAGUGACACCAUCUUCAAAUACCUCCCCUACUCCAGCUCCAGAAAUUCCGCCAUCCACCCCAGCUCCAGUGAUUCCAUCAUCUUCUCCAGUUCUAGAAACACCAUCGCCGGAGCAGGCACCUGCUUCAGUGACACCAUCUUCAAAUACCUCCCCUACUCCAGCUCCAGAAAUUCCGCCAUCGACCCCAGCUCCAGUGAUUCCAUCACCUUCUCCAGUUCUAGAGACACCAUUGCCAGAGCAGGCACCUGCUCCGGUGACGCCAUCUUCAAACCCCUCCCCUACUCCAGCUCCAGAAAUUCCGCCAUCGACCCCAGCUCCUGUGAUUCCAUCACCUUCUCCAGUUCUGGAGACACCAUCGCCAGAGCAGGCACCUGGUCCGGUGACGCCAUCUUCAAACUCCUCCCCUACUCCAGCUCCAGAAAUUCCGCCAUCGACCCCAACUCCGGUAAUUCCAUCACCUUCUCCGGUUCUAGAGACCGCAUCACCGGAGCAGGCUCCGGUUCCACCAACACCUUCAUCGGGGUCUACUCCAGUGACACCAUUUCCUGCACCUGCACCAGCACCUGCACUUACAACAACAACAUUGGCAUCGGCACCUGCUCCCGUGCCAUCGACAUUCUCUUCCCCACCGUCGUUUGAUACUUCACCAUCACCAACUCCAGUGAUAGCAACCCCAUCUUCAACACCCUCCACCGCUCCAGCUCCAGAUACUCAGUCACCAACGCCAGCUCAAGUGACUCCAUCGACUUCUCCGGUUCCAACGACACCAUCACUGGCACCUGCUCCGGUUCCAAUGACACCAUCGCCGGCACCUGCUCUGGUUCCAACGACACCAUCGCUGGCACCUGCUCCAAUUCCACCAACACCAUCGCCAGAACCUGCUCCAAUUUCACCAACACCAUCUCUGGAGCCUUCUCAAGGGACACCAUUUCCUACACCUGCACCUCUAACAACGACGUCGGCAUCGGCACCUGCUCCAGCGCCAUUGAGAUUCUCUUCCCCAACGUCGUCUGAUUCUUCAAUAUUACCAUCUCUAUAA